UCUAUAACAUUUCUAUAAUAUUUCCUUACUCCUGACAGUUUCAGUUUGAAAUAAGUUUCUAGUACAAUUCCAGCACGAGAAAAGAGAGUGCCACAACAACAAAAGAAAUAAAAAUAAAUAACAGCUGAAAGAUAAUACAUAAAAAAAGAGCCAGACAUAAUAAACGCAGAGAAGCAAUUGAAUUGAAAUCAAAAUUUGUGGAGUGAUAAUAAGCGCAGUGGAAUUUAGCUUUAAGUUAAACAAUCGACGAACGUAUCAGGGACCGUUUUAAUAUUCGGUAAAUUUCAUUGGAACAGUUUUCUAUUUCAAAUAAGAAAAACACACAUCACAGAAAUGGAUCAUGAUGAAUCAUUUGAAAAUGGACAUGAAAUUAGCAUAAACGACGGCAUUCUGCUCAAAAAAGGACCUGCCUUAUACUUGCAUGAAAUUCUCACCAGUACCACUGGAACGUUAAGCCUUGUGCACUACACAAACAAUGUUCUUUGCAUCGAAUGGAAGCCUAACGACAAUUUUAUCAUUGCCGACGCGGACACACAAGUCCAAGACGACUGGUCCUUUGUGGACACCAUUGCGAAACGAACGCGAACUGCCAGUGAAUCGUUAGCUUUCAAUACAAAUACGGGCACAAUACCACAAAAAGAAGCGCCGCCCAUUGUACCGGGGACACAUCAAAGUGCGAACAAACCGCGGAUCAUACGUGCGAAAAUUGUCGAUUUGAAGUCAAUCGAAGUGUUUAAGAACGGUCAUGCCAUACGUCUGGUUAACAAAUCGGAUGGAAAGUCGCACAGUGAAUACUUUUUCCAGCAUGGCAAUGCAGACUCGUUUCUACGCAGCCUGAAAACAACGCAUUGUCUACAAGUGAGCCGUCACAAUCGUAAUAUCUAUGAGAUCAGCGAAAAUGUGGAAUAUGACAAGGAGAAGCUGCAGAAAACGUUUGCCGAACUGAGGAUCGAGGACAUUAAGGGAGGCGGUGGCGGCUGGAUUUCGAAUAUUGUGAGAAAUCCUCUUGGUCAUACAAUGGAUUUUCUAGCGAAAAUGUCUGACGCGUAUACGGUUUUACCAGGAGUGGUACACAGUGGAUUCACAACGCCUCAACGAACGACUGAUUAUUUUGCUUCGAGCAUGGCAACAUCGACUACUGACGAAUUUUAUGAAGUUUUAGGCACAUCGCCCAGACCCAGUUCCGAAGGCAGUUCCAGCGACAAUCAAAUAAAAGAAGAGGAUGACAGACUACCGCCUCGGCCAAGCAUCAUUCGUGGCAGUCCACUGACGGAAAAGCAAUGGGGCGAAUUUUUGUCCGAAGAUGGACGUGUGACCGAUGCGGAACGUGUAAAAGAAGUGGUAUUUCGGGGAGGAAUCGAAAGUUCGCUUAGAAGUGAAGUAUGGAAAUUUCUGCUAGAAUAUUACCCGUGGGACUCAACGAAGACUGAGCGCAUCGAGCUUCGCAAAAAGAAGUCACAGGAAUACUUCCAAAUGAAACUGCAAUGGCUGACAAAGACACCCGAACAAGAAAAGAAUUUCUCGGACUAUCGCGACAGAAAAUGCCAAGUCGAAAAGGAUGUGAAGCGAACGGAUCGGACGGAAGAAUUUUUCCGAGGCGACGACAAUGAGAAUUUAGGCCUUUUGCAAGACAUCCUGAUGACCUACGUUAUGUACAAUUUUGAUUUGGGCUACGUGCAAGGGAUGAGCGAUUUGUUGGCGCCGAUCCUGCGCAUAAUGACCAACGAGGUGGACGCAUUUUGGUGCUUUGUAGGCUUUAUGGAUGUGGUUUACACUAACUUUGACAUGGACCAAGCGGGAAUGAAACGACAAUUGCGAGACCUGAACAGUUUAACAGCGUUGGCCAAUCCCCGUCUGUUUCGCUACUUCGAGGAACACGGAGCACAGAAUAUGUACUUCUGUUUCCGAUGGUUGCUGGUGUGGUUCAAACGGGAAUUCAGUCAUUCGGAUGUGCUGACGCUGUGGGAGGUGCUCUGGACGAAAUUGCCGUGUAUCAAUUUCCAUUUGAUAUUCAGCGUGGCGAUUCUGGACGAUCAAAUGAACAUUUUUAUUGCGCAUCAAUACGAAUUCAACGAAAUUCUGAAGCACGUGAACGAAUUGUCCAUGCAAAUCGAUUUGACGACAUGUUUGAAGAAAGCUGAAGCAAUUUAUCUGCAAAUUAAAGCAGCUGAACAUCUCACCGACGAGGUCAGACUCAUUAUCGGCGAAGAGCCGCUAAAUUUAUCGAGCAAUAAAUCGGACGAUGAAUACGACGACAAUUUCGAUGAUAUUUCCAUUGAAAAGGAUCCGAAAGAAGAAGCGAAUCGACUAAAGAAAUACGAAGAGGCUUGUGAACGGAGUAUGAUCAAUACAUUUUAUUAGACAUCACUCUGAAAGUGUAAGUGGACUUUUCUACACAUUUUUUUCUAUUAAAGGCACUCUUUUUUAUCGUGAGAUCAAA